GCUGUGCGUUUGUGUACUACAUCAUCGCAUCUGCGCGACAGGACUCCCUUUGCAGGGGACAGUAACAAGCCGAAGAAGCGGUGCAUACACUGAUACGAUGGAUUUCAAUCUCAAAAAGCUUACUUCUGAUGCAGGAGUCUUCUUCACCCGUGCAGUCCAGUUCACAGAAGAGAAGUUGGGCUCUGCGGAGAAGACUGAGCUUGAUGCCCACUUGGAGAAUCUGAUCGCCCGGGCCGACUGCACCAAGAACUGGACUGAGAAGAUCUUCAGGCAAACAGAGGUCUUGUUGCAGCCCAAUCCAAUUGACCACACUGGUGCGCGUAUAGAGGAGUUUUUCUAUGAGAAGUUAGAUAAGAAGAUCCCAUCCAGGACAACCAAUGGAGAGCUGCUGGGACAAUAUAUGCUGGAUGCUGCUAAAGACUUUGGCCCAGGGACCCCAUAUGGCAGUACCCUGAUCACGGUCGGGGAGUACCAGAGUAGACUGGGUGGGGCGGAGCGGGAGUUCCUCCAGACCUCGGCUAUCAACUUCCUCACUCCUCUCCGCAACUUCCUGGAGGGAGACUGGAGAACCAUAUCUAAAGAGAGACGUCUCCUGGAGAACCGGCGGUUGGACCUGGACAUCUGUAAAGCACGUGUCAAGAAAGCCAAGCAGGCCGAGGCUAAAGCGGCGGCCGAGCCCGAUUUUCAGGAGACUAGGCCUCGAAAUUAUGUUCUGUCUGCGAGCGCAUCUGCGCAAAGCAGUGGUGGCUGGGAUAGUUGGGAUCUGGAAGAUUCCAAAGAGUCGGCCAAUGUGAUGGAUCAGAGGAAGCUGUGGAGUGAGGAAGUAGACAAAGCGGAGCAGGAGCUGCGUGUGGCUCAGACAGAGUUUGACAGACAGGCCGAGGUCACCCGACUGCUACUGGAGGGCAUCAGCAGUACACACGUCAACCACCUUCGCUGCCUGCAUGAGUUUGUGGAGGCCCAGGCGACAUACUAUGCCCAGUGCCACCAGUACAUGCAGGAGCUGCAGAAAGAACUGAGCAGUGCUAACAGCGAUACGUACCCAAACUCUUUUGCCUCGAAUGCCAACCCCUCUACCUCUGCCACAUGCCCCUCCCCCGUCUCCUCUGCCACCCUGCCAGGGGUUUCACCCCCAUGCCUGGCCUCCUCCUCCACCCCUGGCAUUGCUCAGGAGCCUUCUGGCCCGCUGAAAAUCCCGGAUGUGCAGCAGCCUUCCACAGGCCACCGCAAGGCCAAGGUCCUGUAUGACUACGACGCCCACGACACUAGUGAGCUCUCCCUACUGGCCGACGAGCUCAUCACUGUCUACACAGUGCCAGGCAUGGACCCAGACUGGCUCGUGGGAGAGCGGGGCAACCAGAAGGGAAAGGUGCCCGUCACCUACCUGGAGUUGCUGAGCUAGAUGGACCCAUGUAGGGACACACACAUGUACACACACGUCCUCAAACGCGCACACACACACACACACACGCACACAUGCCUCUACUCUAUGGUCUCAUGGCACAGGAGGUUGGUGGCACCUUAACUGAGGAGGAUGGGCUUGUGGUAAUGGCUGGAGUGGAGUAAGUAGAAUGGUAUCAAACAUGGAAAGAUGCCAUUCCAUUUAGUCCAUUCCAACCAUUAUUAUGAGCCGUCUUCCCCUCAGCAGCCUCUGCUGUCUCAUGGUGCGCAACACACUUAUUUGGUCUCUGGCCAAUUCAAACGCAUAUGCAAAAGGAUUCAAAAGCUAAAUGAGUAUGGAUCUAUAGCGCAUCAGAAGGGGAACAGUCGUAAAAAUACAGUGAAUAGUCUAUAUUCUAGCUCUAUAGUUGCUCUUUUCCACUAGCUAUUUGGAAUCCAUCCACCUUGCAUGCUCUAUCUUUCUCAUUGAGAAAUGACAGGAGCUGCUCGAAUAAGGUGGCAUAUCUGGGUAUAUAGUUGUAACGGCUGUCUAUGGAAGAAGUGGACCAAAAUGCGGCGGAGUUAGGGUUCGUCAUAUUUCAUUAAACGAACACUACGCAAUUUACAAAAACAACAAAACUGACAGCCAACACAGUCCUGUCAGGUGCAACCACAGUGACAAGCACAAUUACCCACGAAACACAAAGGAAACGUAGGCAACUUAUGUGUGACUCCCAAUCAACCACAACCCUCUACAGCUGUGCCUGAUUGGAAGUCACACGGCCAAAAUCAAUGAAACAAUAAAACACACACUCCCUUCUGCCACGUCCUGACCCAACUACACCCUCUACUGGUCAGGACGUGACAAUAGUGUAUAUAAUAGACCGGGUUUGGACUCUCAAUAUAUAGAGGAAAGGUCCUUCUUGUUUUAUUUAGUUUUUCAACCAAGCUAAUUUAGUCAUAGUUAGUCACCAUUACUUUGACAUUUCAAAGCCAUGAAAAAAAGAAGUUAAAUAGCCAAUAAAAUCCCCCAGCUGUAGGCCUGUAAUGCAAACAUAAUCCAGGGUGUUAUUAGCCAUUAGCUAUCACAACAUAAAAAAUGAAUCUUGAUAGAAAGAGACCGCUGUACAGUAUGCUAACAGAAGGUGACUCAUAUUGACUGAGUCAUAAACGGGUGAUGAAAGACUAGAGGAAUAGUUGAAUUUCAGUUCUUAUGUUUUCUGACUGGUUGCAUUCUGUUUAUGUACAUACUGUGGCUUUUUUUUCUUAGGUAUCACUGUUUUACUUUUUUGAGAGUGUUUCCCCCAUAUUUUGCCCUAUUUGUGAGGAAAAGGACAAAACCAUGGUAACUUUAUUAAACUAACAAAGGUUUAUGCAAAUCAAAGAAUUGAGUUGCUCUCUGUGGGUUGGUCUGUUGUUGAUGUUUGCGUGUCAUUUUUGUCUUUGUUUAUCCACUCUGGUUGCUGAAAAAUGUGUAUUUUUCUCCAGGAUGUUUGUCGAGUUUCGGGUGUGUUUUACUAGCUAUCAGGUCUUAAUGUUUGUCUUUUUUGAAUUUGUAGAUGUUUUGAAAUGGGUGUAGUUGUAUGUAAUAAGUUCAGACCUGUGGUUUCCUUUCCUCCCUGAUCUCCCUUUACCCCUGUGUGGGUCGCCAUCUCUCCCUGAACCCCUCAACAUUUCCUCCUGUCAGUGUGACCAAUAUGCUGUUGUAUGAUUAUUGUAUGAAUGGAACUUGAAGAAAAUAAACGACAGCUUGUUUAAACUGAUAAAAAAAUAA